GCUUCACCGGCGGGCGCUGCGCGUGCGCCGCGGCACGCGCGUCACUGACGCACGGCGCGCGGGCACGUCGGUGCGUCCGUCCCCACCCCCGCCCCGGUAACCGGGGAAGUGGCGGCGGCGGCGGCGGUAUAUCAGGGACAUCAUGAAUUGGAAUAAAGGUGGACCUGGUACAAAGAGAGGCUUUGGGUUUGGUGGCUUUGCCAUAACACCUGGCAAGAAAGAGGAGCCCAAGCUGUCUCAGCAGUCCCACAGUGCUUUCGGCACCGCCGGCUCCUCGGCAGCAUUUGCGAAAUCGGGGCCUCCUCAGCUGCCUUCCUUCUACAAAAUUGGGUCAAAGAGAGCCAAUUUUGAUGAGGAGAAUGCGUAUUUUGAGGAUGAAGAGGAAGAUUCCAGCAAUGUGGAAUUGCCCUACAUUCCUGCAGAGAAUUCCCCCACCCGGCAGCAGUUCCAUUCCAAAUCGGCGGACUCCGACAGCGAUGAUGAUCCUCUGGAGGCAUUCAUGGCUGAAGUGGAGGAUCAAGCUGCUCGAGAUAUGAAGAGACUGGAAGAUAAAGACAAAGAAAAAAAGAACGUUAAGGGUAUUCGAGAUGACAUUGAAGAGGAAGAUGACCAAGAAGCGUAUUUUCGCUACAUGGCUGAGAACCCCACUGCUGGUGUGGUACAAGAGGAGGAAGAGGAUAACCUGGAGUAUGAUAGUGAUGGGAAUCCAAUUGCACCGUCCAAAAAAAUCAUUGAUCCUCUUCCACCUAUUGACCAUUCAGAGAUUGAAUACCCACCAUUUGAGAAAAAUUUCUAUGAUGAGCAUGAAGAGAUCACCAGCCUGACCCCACAGCAAGUGGUGGAGUUACGGCAUAAGCUGAAUCUCCGGGUCUCCGGGGCUGCUCCUCCAAGACCUGGCAGUAGUUUUGCUCAUUUUGGGUUUGAUGAGCAACUUAUGCAUCAGAUUAGGAAAUCUGAGUAUACCCAACCCACUCCAAUACAAUGUCAGGGUGUUCCAGUGGCACUAAGUGGCAGAGACAUGAUUGGGAUAGCCAAGACUGGAAGUGGGAAAACAGCCGCUUUCAUCUGGCCAAUGCUGAUCCACAUCAUGGAUCAGAAGGAGCUUGAGCCAGGGGAUGGUCCCAUUGCAGUGAUCGUCUGCCCGACCAGGGAGCUCUGCCAGCAGAUCCACUCCGAGUGCAAGCGCUUUGGCAAGGCCUACAACCUGCGCUCCGUGGCCGUGUACGGAGGAGGGAGCAUGUGGGAGCAAGCCAAGGCCCUGCAGGAGGGGGCAGAGAUCGUGGUCUGCACACCAGGUCGUUUGAUUGAUCAUGUGAAAAAGAAAGCUACAAAUCUGCAGAGAGUCACUUACCUUGUGUUUGAUGAAGCUGACAGAAUGUUUGAUAUGGGGUUUGAAUAUCAGGUCAGAUCGAUCGCAAGCCAUGUACGUCCUGACAGACAGACCCUCUUGUUCAGUGCCACAUUCCGUAAGAAGAUUGAGAAAUUGGCUCGGGAUAUUCUGAUCGACCCAAUUCGGGUUGUGCAAGGAGACAUCGGAGAGGCCAAUGAAGAUGUCACUCAGAUUGUGGAGAUUUUCCCCUCUGGGCCCAGCAAGUGGAACUGGCUGACGCGGCGCCUUGUGGAGUUCACGUCCUCGGGGAGCGUCCUCCUCUUCGUCACCAAGAAAGCCAAUGCAGAGGAACUGGCCAAUAACCUCAAGCAGGAGGAUCAUAACCUAGGGCUGCUUCAUGGGGACAUGGACCAGAGUGAGAGGAAUAAAGUCAUUUCGGAAUUUAAGAAAAAGGGGAUCCCCAUCCUGGUAGCUACUGAUGUGGCAGCUCGAGGGUUGGAUAUCCCUUCCAUCAAGACUGUCAUCAACUACGACGUGGCUCGGGACAUCGACACGCACACGCACCGGAUCGGCCGCACCGGCCGCGCAGGGGAGAAGGGAGUGGCCUACACUCUGCUGACCCCCAAGGACAGCAACUUCGCUGGUGACCUCGUCAGAAACCUGGAGGGUGCCAACCAGCAUGUCUCCAAAGAGCUGCUGGAUUUGGCAAUGCAGAAUCCGUGGUUCCGGAAAUCCCGUUUUAAAGGAGGGAAGGGCAAGAAGCUGAAUAUUGGUGGUGGUGGCUUGGGAUACCGUGAACGCCCCGGGCUGGGCUCAGAAAAUACUGACCGUGGAAACAACAACAGUGUGAUGAGCAACUAUGAGGCCUACAAGCCAUCCACAGGGGCCAUGGGGGACAGGCUGACAGCAAUGAAAGCAGCUUUCCAGUCUCAGUACAAAAGUCACUUUGUCGCUGCAAGUUUAAAUAACCAAAAGACUGGGAGCUCUGCUGCUGGUGCCAGUGGCUGGACCAGUGCAGGGAGCCUGAACUCCGUCCCGACGAGUUCAGCGCAGCAAAACGCCGCCAAUCCCGAGAGCCCCGUGGCAGCCACCGCGGCAGCAAAGGGAGUCCCGGGCUUCACCAGCACGGGCAGCUUGAGCAGCGUGCCCCCGUUCCCCAGCACUGGAGCACAGGGCUUCAACAGCACGAACGCCAGCACCAACAGCCGAGAGGGCGGCGGCAGCGCCAGAGAACGGUACAACGACAACCGCAACAGUCGGCACAGCGAGGCCCCGCGGCGAGGGGAGGGCGGCGGUGGCCGAGGGGAGGGCGGCGGUGGCCGAGGGGAGGGCGGCGGUGGCCGCUUCACCGAGGGCCAGCGUUUCAGUGAGGGCCAGCGUUCCAGUGAGGGUCAGCGUUCCAGUGAGGGUCAGCGUUUCAGUGAGGGUCAGCGCUUCAACGAGGGCCAGCGCUUCAACGAAGGCCAGCGCUUCAGUGAAGGCCAGCGCUUCACUGAGGGCCAGCGUUUCAACGAGGGUCAGCGGUUCAGUGAGGGCCAGCGUUUCAACGAGGGUCAGCGUUUCAACGAGGGUCAGCGUUUCAACGAGGGUCAGCGUUUCAACGAGGGUCAGCGCUUCAGUGAAGGCCAGCGCUUCAAUGAAGGCCAGCGCUUUAACGAGGGCCAGCGCUUUAAUGAGGGCCAGCGGUUCAGUGAGGGCCAGCGCUUUAACGAGGGCCAGCGCUUUAAUGAGGGCCAGCGUUUCAGUGAGGGCCAGCGCUUUAACGAGGGCCAGCGCUUCAACGAGGGCCAGCGCUUUAAUGAGGGCCAGCGGUUCAACGAUGGCCAGCGCUUUAAUGAAGGCCAGCGGUUCAGUGAGGGCCAGCGCUUUAACGAGGGCCAGCGCUUUAACGAGGGCCAGCGCUUUAACGAUGGCCAGCGCUUUAAUGAGGGCCAGCGCUACAACGAGGGCCAGCGCUACAACGAGGGCCAGCGCCAGAGCGAAGGCGGUGGCCGGCACAGUGACCCCUCCCGGCACAGCGACGGCCGCCACGGCGACGUCCAUCGCCACAGCGAGGGCCGGCACUUCACCGACUUGCCAGGCGGCAACCGCAACAACGGUGACAGCAGGAACAGCAGCGAGGGCAGGAACAGCGAGAGCAGGAAUGGAGAGAACAGGAAGGAGGCCAACAGCCGAGACAAGUCAGAUGGUUUUGCUGUCCCAGAGCCCCCAAAACGGAAGAAGAGCCGGUGGGACAGUUAAAAGCUGGGGUUCACAGGCUGGAGUCUCUGCAGGUAGUGUUGUCGUUUUCCAGAAGAUUUCUUGGGGUUUUUGGUAACUGGUUGUUGAGCAGCUGGGGCAGGAAAAGGAAACCAUGAGAACCCCUGUGCAAGUUCAUCUGCGGACAGAUUCACCUGAAUGAAAUGCACACAAUGCUUAGUGAAAGAAAUAAUUUUGAUAAAGCUCCCCUGGUUCUGCUUUGAAACAUUCAGUGCUUGAGUGACUGCUGGAUUUCAACAGAUCUUCUUGACAAAAAUAAGCUGUUCCACAUCCUUGGAACAUUAAGAAACUGUUGUCCAUAGAAGUAUAAAUUAGUCUUUUCUUAACCAGCGUUCACAUUUACAAACCAGUCCAGUCCACCUAGAGAUGCUCAGGACCUGCCUGUUAGACAUUAAUCUUGCAGCAGUUUGGUCAGUAUGGUGAGUUCUUCCUCCAUCUCCUUUUCACAUAUUCUCCCCAAAUUAUUUGGUCUCCAGGUUACCCCUUAUCUCUCUCCCCAUCAACUAAGAAUGUAUCAAUUUGCUUUGCUGAAGGUGGGGCAGAGCAAGUUGGUUUCACUUUUUUGGUUGUUUUCUCUUUUUUUGGUUGUUUGUUUGUUUGUUUGUUUGGUGUGAAUGGAGCUGUUCAAGGGAUCCUUCUCCAUCCCAGCAAACCACAAAUUCACUUGUAGUGUAGGUUGGACUCCCUGGCUUGUUUGUGGUCAGUAGUUUAAUUCCAAUCCCAUUGCCCAGAUAUUUUUUUCUUUGGAAGAACCUUAUGUUUUCUAAUAUCCUUCAUUCUGGUGGAAGCCUGCAUAGCAAACCUGUGUCUCUGCUGUGCCUAUGCACCCUCUGUUCUGAGAGGGUUGAGUGCUUUCUUCAAACUAAAAACAAAAAAGGGAAGACAAUGUAGAUAGACCACAACAAUCAGAGGCUGGAGCCCCCCAAGAAGUGUGGCUAAAGGAAGAAGAUUCAGAAAUUCAGGGAUCUGUUGCUCAGAAGCCUUUAGGGAGAACUCAGAGAACAAUUAAUGAAAAGAAACAGCUCAAAUCUGGCCCUGUUUUGGACACAUGUAGUAAAUCUGUAAAAUCUUGCUUGCCCAUUUUUAACUCAUUGUGUGUAUUCCCAUUUAUGACUUCUUCUUUUUUUUUUUUUUUUUUUGCCACAAGGUAGGGAAGGACUUUUCAGUUGGGACAUGUCAGCACCCACCGCUGGCUCGUUUCCACUGGAAGAUGUACCAGAAGCUGUCAGGGUUUUGUGACAUUGUGAUGUUUUCUUUAUCAGAUGUGCAUUUACUUUCUGCUUGCUCUAGUAAAUGUUUUAUUACUGGUACAAAAA